CCUGUACUCUCCCUGAUGACCAACAUCGCUGGUUGUCAAACCACAGUGCAGGCCUGCGGAAAAGCCCCGCUCCCUCCAGCUAGCUGCCUAGGGAGCUCAGCACUGCAGAAUGGAGAACUAUAAGAAGACCAAAAUUGUGGAGAAACCUUGUCCCACUCCUUUCAGUGACCUGCCUGCUGAUAUUAUUGAAAUGAAGGUGAAGGAUGGGAGCAAAAUUAGGAAUCUGAUGGGUUAUGCUAUGAGCAAGAUGGAGCAGGACUCGGUGAGGCAGAUCCUUUUCACUGGCUCAGGCAAGGCCGUCAGCAAGACCAUCACCUGUGUGGAAAUCAUGAAACGAAGGCUCAAGGAGCUGCACCAGAUCACCAAAGUGCUCUUCAAACAGAUUGAAGAAAUCUGGGAACCCAUUGUGCCUGAGGCCGGCCUUGAUGCCUUGACAGUGAAGAGAAACAUUCCCGCCAUAUGUGUCCUACUGAGCAAAGAUGCCCUGGAUCCUCAGGAGCCGGGGUACCAGGCCCCAGGAUCUUUUGAUGCCUUCUGGACUGAGACGCUGAAAGCAGAAUCGCAGGGACAGAUGAAGAGGAAGCAGGGUGGAGGCCGGGGAGCUGGGAGCACGGGGAAGCACCCUCGGUCCACCAGGGGAAUGCCGGAGGGGCCCUGAGGCAGCAG